AUGUUGGCAGACUUACAACAACAAAAUGUGCCUAGUUCCGGACAUGUUGAAUUGGGAGAAUUUGUUACUAGUGUCGCUAUUAAAAUGUAUAAAAUGUGGACUGGAAAUGACUCUAAUGUAUGUCCAGUUCGCAAUGAAGAGUUCAAAAAAUUUUGUAUUGAGAUUCUGAAUUUAACAAAUUUAUCACCCGUGACCGUAUUCGUCGCUCUAAAAUAUCUCGAACGAUAUAUGAAAUGUUAUGCGGCAAUCGAUUUUGGGAUCGAAAGAUUAUUCUUAAUUUCGUUACUAAUAGCGGAUAGAUAUGUAAACGAUACCUUUUUUUCAAUCAAAAGAUGGGCCUUAAAUACUGAACUUCCACCCGAGGAAAUUAAUCGAAUGCAAGUGAUGAUCUUGAAUAAUCUAAAUUAUGAUAUUUACAUUAAUGGCAAUGAUUAUUUGGAAUGGAUAAAUCAAUUAUCUGAACACAUCAAGGCUGAAGAAAAAUUGUACACUGAUCCACCAAAGUAUUUAAAAACAAUUAUGGACGACAUAGAAAAUCAGAGAUCUUUAAUUUCGAUGAAAAUCAAAACUCAAGUCCAUUUUAUCAAAUUGCCAUCAGGAAUAAUUCACCGCUACACACCUGAAGUUCAAUUGCCUUCGGGAAUUGUUUACCGAUACUCACCUGAAUACAAAUAA